AGACUACGUAAAAUGCAGAUUUCUUCCUCAUUACGUGAACAAUCGUGUUGUGAGACAAUUCUGUUCCAUUCAAAAGGCCACCUGCCUUGGAAGAAACAGAUUUCUAGAAAAUAUCGAGACGACACUUAAAAAUAGACAGACCUCACUUCGGUUCAUAUUGGCGCUGAGGCUAGAGAGCACAUUCGCCUUUAGAAGAGAUACGAGUCUUCCCGUUAUUGGUCGAGACUAACAGCAACGGAGCAUAAACUGAGACUGGAACGUGAUACAUAAACAAGAAAAGACUUCCGGAGGGCAGACGUGUCAAAUAAAUUGUUAAGUUUUUACAGAAGUCGUUUUAGCUCCAAAGAAAGAUGGCGUUGGGGAAUCCGUAUCCAAUUUUGCUAGUUUGCUGUAUUUAUGUAGCUGUAUUUGGAGUCAACGCUGUCAGAGAACUAAGCUCAGAGGACUUGAAAAACAUCGGGGAAUCUACGAAUCAAGAUUUCAUUGCUGUUUUCUUCGAUAAAUUAUCAAUCAGACAGGCGCAUCCAAAGUUUACCAAAGAAUUUGACAAAUCAUCAGACAUUUUAGAGUCAUUUGGAGUUGAAUUAGGCAAGGUAAAUUGUGCUGAACAGUCCAUUCCACAAUGUUCUAAUAAGGAACGAAACAUUUACGUGUACAGGAAGGGCGAUCCUAACCCUUCAGAAGAAAUCGAUGUUAGCCACUUGUUCAACGAAGACUCGAUCGUGGCCAACCUUUUACAGUUUGUGUUAAAUGAUUUCUACCAUUACGUUCCUGAUGAGAAUUCAUUGAAUGCAGUUCUUGCUGAAGGUCAGGGAGAGAAAGACGUUGUCCUCUGUUAUGUCAGAGGACUUGGAAUGAAAGAGCAUCGACACUUCCUUGAAUUAGUGCAUUACUCAAAAAAUGAGGCCCACUUUGGUAUCACAACAGAUGUGGAAUUUAUGAAGAAAAUUGGCCUAUCUACAAACCAAAAGGCAGCUGUACAUCUUUUUCACUGUAAACAAACUACAAAUACUCAAGACAAAUGCCCGUCCACCAAGUUUACUGGAAAAGUUGAAAAAAUUCCAUUGAUAAGAUUCCUUAGGAGCCAAAACCUUCCAAACUAUGUGAUUCUUCCAAGUAACAGAACAACAGUGUUUGACACCUUGUUGCCUCCUGUCAACAAAUUGUUUAUUUUCACGGAUAAACUUGCUGAACUUGACACAAAAGAGAUAGAACAGAUGGCUGUAGACUUUCAAGGAGCCAUUGGGAUGAUAAUUGUUGAUGUAAACGACCAAAAAGACAUGUUAGCGUCGUUUGGUUUGUCACAAGACAACAAUUUUCCAACAGCAGCUUUUGUGGCACCUAAAGGAGGUGGUGUCAACAUGACAUACAUUGAAUUGUUCCCUGAAAAUAUCGCAGCAUUUACUCCACACAAUCUGAAACAUUUCGUCAAACCUUUGAUAGACAAUCCUUCCGCUGAGCACAAAAGGAUUGCCGAGGCCUCUUCUCUUCAGAAGCUUACAUACGCAAGCUACAAAGACGCCAUGAAAAGCUUGGAUACGAACUACCUCUUAGCGCUGGACUUUUUGAUGGUGGUUUUCUGCCAAGAAGAUCACGAACCCUGUGAGGAAUUUUCCAAAACAUUACGACGUAUCGUUCGCACUUUUGAUAGGGGUGGAGAGGGAAGAAUCACCUUUGCAUAUGUCAAGACUUCGCAGCGUAAAAAGACAUUUGAGGGUGAAAAGUUUCCAGUUGUCCAUCUGCAUUUGACCAAGUCCAGUGACGAUUUCGUUCAGUACACAAGUGAACUCGAAUACGAAGCAAUGAUGGAAUUUAUAACCGACAAUACAAAGAUCAAGAGGCCUGUUUCACUGCCUCCAAGCUUGUCAGAUGAGGCACCGAUUUUAUUUCCGUAUACCAACGAGGAAAAAGAAGACAGCGAAGAAUAUAUUGAAGAACUAGAAGACGAGGAAGAAAGUGAAGGGGAGACUUCUGAAAGCGGUGAAGAAUCUGUGGAUGAAGCUGAUUUACCAGAGGAAGAGACAGAAGACGAUGAAGUCUCGGCAGCAGUUUUGAAGGCAAAACCCACCGUUGUACCAGAGAGCUUGGUGCCUGCAUUGACUGACAAAACGUUUGAUGUCAUCAAAAAAGAAAAUGAUUUAUUGGUCGUGGACUUCUUCCAACCAUGGGAUGCACGUUGUAAAGCUUUUCUACAACCAUAUGUUAACGCUGCGACCCACAUAAGUAACCGUGGAAAUGUUUUUCGAUGGUCGAUUUCCCUCACUGGCGAAGACUGCGACUGAUAUAGCAGUUGUGGGCAUGUUUUUGGAUAAGAGUGAAAAAGAAUUUGAAGCUUUUGAAGCUGCAGCUAAAUCCCUACGCGGCAAGUUUCUUAUGGGUUACGUUACAAGUGCAACAGCGAAAACACUGUCAACUAAGUAUGGCCUGAAGCUGCCCGCCAUCAUGGCAUAUAAACGAAAUGAUCCUUUCCAGUCAGUGGACGUUUUUGAACGCAAGUUCACCUCACAGGCCAUUGUUGAUUUUGUUCUAAAAGGAAACUUACCGUCAUUUGGCGAGCUGACACCUUUUAAUCUUCCAACAUACUUAACCUACAAAAAGCCGCUAUUGAUAGUGUUCCGAGCUGAUAGCGCAGACUCCGUCAUCACUCCUGUUAUGACGAGGCUCGCACGCGACAGGUCGUUGCCAUCUGUUUUCCUCUGCUGGAUGCCUGUGUAUUCUACCACAGAUGUGAACGCAGAGAUCUUGAAGUCCUAUACUGGAACGAGUGAGUCUCUUCCCGCUUUGGUCCUUGUAAAUCACGAAAAGGGAACUGUACAUCUCUUCAAAAAUGACGUAACAAAACAAGCAGUAAAAGGCUGGGUGGAGAGCAUUCUCAAUGGAAAGGAGCAACCCACCAGGCUUUUCAGCGAUGGCGAGUGGAAACCGCGUUUGGAGGGCUAUGAUUUUCUGCGAAUGCUAGACGAAGAGGAAGAGGAAAAAGAAAGACAACGAUUGAAAAAGAAGAAACUAGAACGAGCUCUUAAAGAGACGGACAACUUGGACGAAGAGGAACCGGAUUGGUCACCACCGGAAGCAAACGUGGUUGAGGAACGUGAUCGGAAGACAAACCGCCUAAGACGACCGGAGAUAAGAGUUACACGUCGAGAUGAACUAUGAUUAAGUUUAAGAAUGAAGAUUAUUAUUAAUGGAUCGUUUGCAUUUAGAAGUUGUACUGACUUAUCUAUACAGCUGGAAGUAAACAGUCACGGAUUUUCCCUCUGGUACUAAAUCUGAUAUAAUAUCUUAGUAGAGUCGUCUACUGAAACAGACAGAUGCAGUGGUCAAAUACUAAAAAUUCAUUUCACAAAAUGUGAAUUCUUGAUAGAAUAUAGCUUCUGUUUAUCAUUUCUGACAACUUUUUGCCGUCAAAACCCAAGUGUACAAAACUUCAAGAAAUAAAUGAAUGAAAACCCUC